UCCUCGGUCAUUGCUUUGUUUACGUCCUUCAAAAAUUGUGAUGACUGGUGGGCCGAUGGUGAUUUUUGGCCGAUUCUUAAAUUAAACUGUCGUCGGCGCCGGUUUCCAGCGAAAGGACGAAUUUAUUAGAGACCGCUGCACCGAAUCGUCUAACCAUGACCGAGGUUAACGUCGGCAAAGAGGACAAGGAGUUCGACCCUUCAGCCGAAAUGAUGGUCAACGACUUCGACGACGAGCGGACCUUGGAGGAGGAAGAGGCCAUGGAGGCCACCGAGGACACGCAUCAAGAACUAAGCAAUUUAAAAGAGGAAGGAGAAAUGCCCCUGGAACAACUCAUGGCCAUGUACGGUUAUGCAGGUGGUGGCGAACCACCAGCUGAAAGUUCUGAGGAAGAGGAGGAAGAAGAAAACGAGGGAAACGAAGAGGAAGCUGAAAAUGGCGAUAAUGUGGAGGAAGAGCCCAGUGACUCUGAUAACCAGGGAAAAAAUUACUCGGAAUUGCAAAAGUUAUACGAGGAUGAGGCGUCAACCACUAAGGCUGGUACUUCUAAAGGGCCUAAUUCUGGAGACGAAGAGGACGAGGAAGAUUACGACUACAGCCCUGAGGAGGACGAAUGGAAAAAAACAAUUAUGGUCGGCUCGGAAUAUCAAGCACACAUUCCUGAGGGGCUCUGCAAGUAUGGUGACGCGCUGCCUUACGAGAAUGAGGACAAACUGCUGUGGGAACCGCUCCAAAUGCCUGAAGAGCAGGUCCUCGAGUACCUGACCCGGGCGGGGCGACCUGCCUCUCCGUUGCCAACGCCAGGGGUGCCUCCUGGCAGUAUGGGGCCCCUGCCUGUUGGGACGCACCAUCGAGACGACGAACACGCACUUUACCUUUUGCUGCAGUGCGGCUACAACUCGGACGAGGCAUUGCGCCGGCUGGCCAUGGGCACAGCGCCGCAGACACAUGCGAUGGGUUUGUGGAGCGAGGAGGAGUGUCGAAAUUUUGAAAACGGCCUCCGCACCUUUGGCAAGGAUUUUCACUCUAUACACGUAAAUAAGGUUAAGACUAGAUCUGUUGGCGAGUUGGUCCAGUUUUAUUAUUUAUGGAAGAAGACUGAGCGCCAUGACAUGUUCGCCCACAAAACCAGAUUAGAAAAGAAGAAAUAUGCCCUCCAUCCUGGAAUUACGGACUACAUGGAUCGAAUCCUAGACGAGCAGGAGAGCAGUGGGCAGACGAGGGAUAGAAGCCUUUCUCCCAAAUCAUCCAACUGCUUGCUAAUGGGCGACCCCAAGCGGAAAGGAGUCGAAAACGCAUCAACGGCAGCCGAGGGAGGAACGUCGACCCACGCACACACCCUUAUUUCAAGCCUGAACCAUAGGCACCAAGAGGCGGUGGACACUUACCUCAAAGACAAGGAGGCCGACUCUCCGUUUGCCAGCAGUACAAACUCUUUGACACAGGUGCAGUGACCCCACGCCACCCAACCACACACAGGCCUUUAUUUUUCUAAGGAGAUUGCAUUCCGCCGCCGCACCCUCUACCACCACAACCUUACCCUGGUAUAACAUAAAAUAACUUGAAAACUUCACUUAAUUCAAGCAACUAUAAACAAUUCCUUAGGAUUGUUGCCUUUUUAAAUUUCAUAAAUUUUUAAUUAAUCAAAUUUCAACUGUUCAGUUGCCGCUUGUUUAUCUUUAUUGGCACUGGGCGGCUUGUUUUGAAACUUUGGACGAGUUAUUUUCACGCUGAUUCUCAUAUGGAUAUAAUAUUUAUGUAAUUAUAAUUUUUUUUAAACACAGAUGUUCCACAUUUAUAUCUACAGUUACUCAUAGUAUCAAUUAUUUUAACAAUCUUAAUGAUCCCUUGGGCAGAGAUCUAAAUUCCGGUACUUUUGCGUUCAGUUUGUUUUGAAAGUAUUUCAAAACCUCUGUCAUGUACAAAACAAGUGUAAUGAAUGGUGAAUGUAUCAAAUUUAUGUUCUCAUGAGAAAAAGGAGCGUCGGCACCCUCACCCAUUGUGUGUUGGUGGUGCAGGAUCUAAACUGUACAUUCAAAAUGUAAGACCAGUGGAAUAAAUUGUAAGUUAUUUGUUCUUGCAUAAAUCCGUG